UUCGAGGGUCGAAGCGAAGAACGAGAGGACAAAGUGAAAUUUUGUUAUAAAUAUUCUCGAGGUUAUUCUUAUUCAGAAAUGUAAGAUAGACCUACUCAGCAAUCAUGACAUCGAAAAGAUCAAAAACUAGCUCGGAAACAAUCAGAGACAGACCGAACUUCUGUUUUACGUGUGGUUUUGUUCCCAGGAAUAUUGAUGAAAAAAAAGAAUGGGACAGAGCAAGGAGAACUAUAGAGAGUCUGAAUGUACAAUGGACAGAAAGAACAUCUCAUUAUCUGCCCACAGUCAGUCAGCCCGCAGAGAAACAUCUCGAGUUAAAAAGUGGCCUCCUGAAGUUCAUCAAGGCUUCAAAAUACACAAACGCCUUCAAGCUUCUGUUGGGCAAGAAAGCGGUGAGGGAAGUGUGGACCAAAGAAAUCGCAAAGACUAUCCGAAGAGAAGUCAAAAUGAUGCGGAAGGAACGCCUCUAUCCGCCUUGCGCCAUUGGGAAGCAGCUUGAUGAAAAGCAAUGGAAGCCCAUCUUCCGUCACAUAAAAAAAAUAGCCCCAGUCUUCUUUGCUGUGGUUGUCGCUUCCAUGACAAAAAAUGAGAGGCAGGCAGACAGGAUGUUAAGAAAGGGCAAGGAACAUUUUAACUCUCGGAUAGGAAUGAUGAUCAACCUCCCUCUGGGCAACAAAGGGCAUAUGAGAUAUCAAGGUGCAAUAGCUGUCAAUCUGUGGCAUCUUGGUGCUAAUGAAGGGAUUCUGAAGUUUCUGCAUCGUCUGGGAUUAAGCAAACUAAAGAGGGAGACUCUCCAAUUAAUCCAAAAGAAGAAGAAUCUUGUGACGGAAUGGUGUGAAAAAAUUGAGAAAGAAAAGAACUGGUCUAAAGGUGAUACAAGGGACAAUCUGCACCCUGGCUUUUCGCUCAUGGUCAGGAAGCGCUAUGACAAGUACGAAAGCAAUGCCAGAAGCACCCAGCCGAAACCGGGCAGGCAGUCAAGACUGGUCAGCAAUGGAGUCGCCGUCAAGAACAGGAUCUCCUUUCGCGACCUCCAAGAAGAGGCUCCUAAGAAAGCCUGUGAGCUCCCUCUCACCGUCUACCUCCCCAAUCAAGGUGAUUAUGAGGAGCUACGGAUGAGGAUGCAGGUGAUGGUGGAAAGGAUUCUUCAAGCUAAUCUCUCCUUGUUUGCUAAUCAGCCUGUGACUGGACACAUACCUCACGAGUACUCCUCGCAAUGCGCCGAACAAAGUGAAUAUGUUGAUCUUGGCAUCAUUGAGGGUAACCAUAUUACAUCCGACCAAACCUCAGACCUGUUUCAGCAACUGGAGGAUCAUGCCCCUAAGGGCUAUCCUAUCGUACUGUACGGACAUGAAGAGAUGGUAAAGCACGCCAGUACAGCCCAGGUUUCCUCAACGAAAGGCACCGCCAGGCAGGCAUUCAUACCGGUACCGCAAGAUAGCAACUUGAGAUCCCUCUUCAUGAGGGACAUCAUGGCAGACCUGUACGCUCCAACGAGCCCGACGGAGAGAGCCACCCUACGGAAUCUGAUACAUAUGUUUGGUUAUGAUGGCAUCAAGGACAAGUACUCUCCUCCCCAUAGUCUUGAUGACUUCUUACUGUUUGUGUGCUGUGCUAUGGUUGUUGGUUUCGCCCUUGAGAUGCUGGUUAGCAAUGAAGAUGAAAUGAGUGACGGGGAGCCAGAGACUCUCUUGACCAGGGUGUCAGCCGAGGUCGUAAGGAGGGUGUGGCAUCAGAUGCCCAUGAACCAAGUAGCUGACAUCGCCAACGCCGAGGUCGGAAGUAACGAGGGAUCCGAUUACAAAUUCUGCUUUUGCAAAGAAGGUACCGUAUGAACUAUCUCUCAAAAAUAAAGAUCC